AUGUCCACCGAAUCUAACGACAUUGAAAAAAACAUUUCGCAUUUGGACCCAAGCGGUGUCGAUAAUGCCUAUAUUCCGCCUGAGCAGCCUGAAACAAAGCAUUCCCGUUUCAAUAUCGACAGGGACACCUUGAGAAACCACCUCAUUGCUGCCGUGGGUGAGUUUUGUGGGACUUUCAUGUUUUUAUGGUGCGCUUACGUUAUUUGUAACGUCGCUAAUAAUGAUGUUUCCUUGAAAACUGAACCGGAAGGUUCCCACCCCGGUCAAUUGAUCAUGAUUGCCCUUGGUUUUGGGUUUUCCGUCAUGUUUUCUAUCUGGUGUUUCGCUGGUGUCUCCGGUGGUGCUUUGAACCCGGCCGUCUCUCUUUCUCUAUGCUUGGCCAGAGCUAUCUCACCCACUAGAUGUGUGGUGAUGUGGUUCUCUCAGAUCAUUGCUGGGAUGGCUGCUGGUGGUGCUGCUAGUGCCAUGACCCCAGGUAAGGUCCUCUUUGCCAAUUCCUUGGGUCUAGGCUGUUCCAGAUCCAGGGGGUUAUUCUUGGAAAUGUUCGGUACAGCUGCAUUGUGUCUGACUGUUUUGAUGACGGCUGUUGAAAAGCGUGAAACCAACUUCAUGGCUGCGUUUCCAAUCGGCAUUUCCUUAUUCAUUGCCCAUGUCGCUUUGACCGGCUACACCGGUACCGGUGUUAACCCUGCAAGAUCCUUGGGCGCUGCCGUUGCUGCCAGAUAUUUCCCCACUUACCACUGGAUUUAUUGGAUUGGUCCGCUAUUAGGCGCGUUCUUGGCGUGGUCCAUCUGGCAACUAUUGCAAAUCCUGGACUACACUACCUACGUUAAUGCUGAAAAGGCAGCAGGGCAAAAGAAGAAAGAUUAG